AUGCUUGCGACAGACAACCAUAUUGGGUACCUUGAGCGAGAUCCUAUACGAGGACAAGACUCCAUCAAUACGUUCCGGGAGAUAUUGCAGUUGGCGGUUAAGCACGAUGUUGAUUUCAUACUCCUUGCCGGAGAUUUGUUCCAUGAGAACAGGCCUACCAGGGAUUGCUUGUACCAGGUAAUGGCGCUUCUCCGCGAGUACACGCUUGGCGACAGGCCUAUUCAGGUCGAACUUCUUAGCGAUCCCAAUGAUGGCAAGCCACCGGGUUACUCUUUCCCAGCGAUUAACUAUGAGGAUCCCAACUUCAACGUCGCUAUACCCGUCUUCUCGAUACACGGCAACCAUGACGACCCACAGGGCGCGGGGCCGGAAGGCGCACUAUGCGCGCUCGACAUGCUCUCCGUCAGCGGACUCAUCAAUUACAUGGGCAAGAUUGACCUUCCCCUGGAUGAUGCCGAGGCUCAGAAAGCUGGGAUCGCCAUCAAGCCUGUUCUUAUGCGGAAAGGCAACACGCGUCUUGGCCUCUACGGCGUGGGCAAUGUCAAGGACCAGCGUAUGCACUUCGAAUUGAGGAGCAACCGGGUGCGAAUGUACAUGCCGCGGGACAAAGACGACUGGUUCAACAUUCUCCUCCUCCAUCAAAACCGUGUUGCACAUGGCCCACAACAAUCUGUACCUGAAGGAAUGUUCGAUGAUAGUGUUGAUCUAGUUGUCUGGGGCCAUGAACACGAUUGUCGCAUCAUGCCGGAACCUGUGGCUGGCAAAAAGUACUACGUAACCCAGCCCGGAUCGUCUGUGGCGACGUCUCUCGCAGAUGGCGAAUCGAUAGAGAAGCACGUCGCCCUGCUGAAGAUUCAGGGCAAAGAGUUCGAGCUCACUCCAAUCCCGCUGCGCACUGUGCGGCCCUUUGUGCUCGACGAACUUGUUCUUACUGAGGUCGCAGACGAUGAAAACCUGGAUCUCAACGACCGGAUGGCCAUCACUAAGUUCCUGAAAACAAGGGUGAACGAACUUAUUGAGAAAGCGAAUGCGCUUUGGGAUGAGCGGAACAUAGGGGCGGUCGAAGAGGGGGAGGAAGAGGUGCCCCGCAUGCUGCCGAUCGUCCGACUGAAGGUCGACACCACCGGCGUGAGUGAAAUGCAAAACCCAGUGCGCUUUGGGCAGGAGUUCCAGGGCCGCCUUGCGAACCCGCGGGAUGUCUUGGUUUUCCACCGGGCGAAGGCAGCGGCAAAACGCGGCGGGAAGGUUAUAGCGGACCAGCCGGAGCUGAGCAUCAACGAUCCGGAGCUGUCCAACGCGGAGAAGCUCUCAAAAGUGCGCGUGCAAACGCUCGUAAGGGAGUACCUCGCGGCGCAGGAGCUGCAGCUGCUGGGCGAGUCGGGCAUGUCGGACGCGAUCGAGACGUUCGUGGACAAGGACGACAUUCAUGCGAUCCAGAACCACGGCAAAGGCAAGGCCACAAAUGACGAAUCAGACGCGUCCGCGGACUCAAUGAUGAUGGACGUUGACGCUGGCGGAUCAGACUUUGAGGAACUUGAGUCGGAUCCUGCGCCAAAGAAGAAGGCAAGGGCCCCUGCCAAGAAAGCAACUGCCCCUGCAAAGAAAGCCCCUGCAAAGGGCAGAGGCAAGAAGAAAGUCGCUCCAGCAAAGAAGGCAACCACGGCAAAACAGGCGACAUUGAGUUUUGCUCCCUCGGGCCGCACAUCGACCCGAGCCGCGGCCUCUCGAGCAUCAAAGAAAGUUGCCCAGGUGGUAGGUCUUCCGUCCGGUCUUCGAGCACUUGGCGUCAAUUGA